AUAUCUAGUACGCUGGCUGCUGAGACGACAGAGCACGAGGGUUCACCGGCCGUCGCCUGGACUGCAGACGAUUUUUCGGUGUACGCAUCACCCGAUGGCUUCGUCAACGAUGGCCUAGGGCGCCACCAACGUGCAGAUUUGGCCUCGGAGUGGAGCCCUCUGCGCCUGCUGACCGCCUUCGAAGAGGUACGACGAAGUUUCAGCCUGGCCGGUCCUACCGACCUCUGUUGCGAC